AGAUAAUUUGUCAAGGAAAGAGUCCUUUGUUUCCUCGACCAACAAGCAAGCAUUGAUGGAGCUAUUGUCAAUUGAAGUGCGGAUUUGUUGCAAAGAUCUACAGGAAAAGUUCAUCUUUGGUGUUCUCAUGGAGAGCUUAGAACGAAUUUUUUGCUUGGGUUAUUUGCUUGCUUUUAGGUGUUUGGGUCAGUUUGUUGAUUUUGUAGCUGCGACUGCAUUACAACAUCAUGAGAGAAGAGUGGGUUGCAUUGGCAGCCUUUAGCGAGAGGCUGGUGGCACCCCGACCUUGCCGCCCUGCUGUCUGUUCCGAAUUUAGCAAGGAUCUUGACGAUGCAGUGUAGGCUAUGCGCUUCAUCGGCACAUAGAAUUUGGUCUCGUUGGCUUUGGCCUGUCUUUCUUUGUUUUUUUUUUUUUUUUUUGGCAGGAGAAGUUGGUACUUCUUUUGGCAAACUGCUGGAUGUUUCCGAGAAACAGCUUGUAAGAAGCAGGGGUGGCAGUUCAUAUGGGUGGGCAUUUGGUCGGGUCGGUUUCGAUCAAACCGAAAUUAUGAAUACCGGGUCCCCGAAUUCUUCCAAACCUCAAACCAAAUUCGAACCGAAUUAUAAUUCGGUUCGGUUUUUCACACAAAACCAAAUUUGUGAAGCUACUUGUAUCUUCUCACUUUUAAAUUAUUUUUCACCCCUAAUAUAAACAAUAAAUAUGCAAUUAUAUGCAUCAUCAAUGAUAAAAUCAAACUUUUCAACACAUAAGUCAUAAAACAUUUCAAAUAUUUAAGUCUAAAAACAACUACUAACAUAAAAAUCCAUCAUUUGGAGCUUGCAAUUAUAAUAUUUCGGUUUUUCGAUCCGAAAUUCGGAAAUUCGGUUCGGUUGAAAGAACCUUGAUUUUCGAACUAUCCAUAUUUCUCUUCCGAAUUCCGAAACGAAUGGCAUUAAUUUGGUUUCGGUUCAGUUUGAUUCGAUUUCAGGUCGGGUCGGGUUUACCGAACCGGUUGCCCACCCCUAGCAGUUUAAUUAUCGGUUAACAGGUCGGUUAAACCGAUAACCGCGGUUACCAACCGAUAAUUACAUUAGGCGGUCGGUUGUCGGUAACCGUAAUAGGUGCUUCGAUUAACCGAGUGACCGAAGUCGGUUAACCGUGGCUAACCAACCGAUCCAAAACGACGUUGUUUUAUAUUAAAAAAAAAACCCUAAGUCCUAACCCUAUCUCCUUCCUUCGUUGACCGACCCCAGCCGCCAGCCCUCUCGACCCCUCAGCCCUCGCCGACCUUCACCCUCCUCCAGGCCAACCCAGCCCACCGACGUGUCUCCUCGUCUCACCGACCUCCACCCGACGACCCGAUGAGCAUCGACCCACCGUUGAGACUCCCAUGUUGCCCAGACUCCCACCGUGCGACCCCACGAGACUCCUACCGAUCUCGCUUGGUCGAUCCCGCGCCAAAUCCCACUUGAUCCCGCUCGGCCCGACGAGACUCCCACCAGCCCCCUCGAUCCCGCGCCGCCGCGCGUCUCUCCUUUACCCCGGCGACCUUAGCAACGAACCGAGACUCCCCUGCCGGCUCCAGGCCUCCAGCAAUCCCCCGCCGGCCGUCGAGACUCACCUGCCAUCUAUUGUUUGCCAGUUAUCUCGGUUAACCGAACAACUAUCUGAUAAUCGACCGGUCGGUUGUCAGUCAACCGAGGUGCUUUAGUCGUUCGGUGUUCGGUAAGGGGGCGGGAGUUCGGUUAACCAAUAACCAACUGGCCGGUUAUCGGUUAUGAUCGAAACUAACCGACCGCCACCCCUAGUAAGAAGGCUAGGCGUUACGUUUGGUGGCGGUUUGUAUCCUUUUAUGAGUUUUAUGUGUUUUUGUCACUGAAUUCAUAGGAAUUUUCACACAACUGCCCAUUUUGUGGCUAAAAAGGCUCUUUUAUCGACGGAUUGAUUAGUUAUCAACCGUCGCAUUUGCUUAUUUCAUUUACUUUACAAUUGUAAGCAUACUGCAUUGUACACCUGCCUAUGAAAAAGAAAACUUGUCUUCAUAGAAUUUUUCUAUAUAUACUUCAUGCCUUGGAAAUUUUGUUUUCGUAUUUACGGUUACGGUUGAUACGUAUAAUAUGCAUCAUGAUUUUGUUUUCUAAAUAAGAGGCCGCGCGAAGGCCAAAAAGGCUCAAGUUAGGGAGCAUAACUAAAUCUGGACCUUCCUUUUUAAGUGGGCCCAAAAUAUCCAGAUCUAACGGUGAAGAAUUAAAUACAUUUUAUUUUCUCUAAUUUUCUUAAUCGGCUCUUAUCUUCUUUGUUCUAAUUCGGAUUUCAAUUUUUUUUUUGUACAGAUGGAACAAGUUCGUUGUGCUAUACAAAAUGAGAUCCAUUUUCAAUAUUUUUUGAGAAAAAAUUUCAUCUCUCUCGUUACCAACUCCAUACCAUUUGUUAUCUUCUAUGUUCUUAAGUCUUUUUGAAAAUAUUUGCACAGAAGGAAAGAGUUCAUCAUGAUCUAUUUAGAUAUAAAAAUUCCUGGAUGAAAAAAAGACAAAAAAUACCACACUAUACCACCCUGAUAUGGGGGUGGUAUUUUGUGGUACGCUUUCAUACCAUAUGAUAUACUCUUAUUUUAAUACGAAUCAAUACCACCAUGGUAUGGACUUUGAAAAAUGGCUCAAUUUUUUUGUUCAAAAAAUAUAUCAAAGUUGAUGUCAUUUUGAAGAGCACAAUUAAUCUGAUUUAUUUGUGCAAAAAAUUAAAUUUCGAGUUAGAACAAGAGAAAAAUUUAAAUCCUAAUCCUAACAAACAUAUAAAGAGGUUCUCUUCAAAAACCCCUCCCAUUCUAUUUUUCCGUGAACAGCGCAUAGUACAUAAGGAUUUCUAUGUCUUUUUACUAUACUCAACUAAAUAAACAUAGAUCGUUCCAUGAGGCGGACCAAGCCCAUAUUUUUGUUGGUCUUUGGGCUUCUUAAGAUUGGACUGAGGUGAGAUGGAGUGUGUGCUGACUGCUAAGAAGUAAGAAACAAAAUAAAAUAAGCUUGCGGCAACAAAGGCCUAAGGGAACUUUCUCCAAAACCUCCCCCAUGCCACUUUUGUUAAACUCAAUAAUAUAAAGACAGAAUGUAUUACUCUACUUAUUUAGUUAUUUUCCAGCAAUCUACUAUAGUUAGAAGUUAGUUUUAUACUUUUAUAUGAAUUUAAAAAUACUUAAUGACCAGUGGCAGUAUGACUAAUAAUUGUAUGAGGUUGGUUGUGAUAUUUUUCGGAUCAAGGAACUAAAUCAGUAGGAAUGAUCUUGCAAAAUCACGAAUAUUUAAUUAUUCAACUAAUAAGUUGGGUAUGAAAGUAAAAUACAAGGUAAAUUAAUAUAGUCUAAUGAUUUUAUACUAUAUAUAUUUAUUUGGGUUGGUUCGAGUUUUAGUAAGAGAUUUGGAUUUGUGACCAUACAUAUAGAAAAAAAAACUUUUUGGUAACAUAAAAUUAACUUUUUGGCAUAAGAUUGAAUACCUACAAAUUUUUUGCUUAGUAUUCGAUACCUAAACUUUUUAAGAUUUACAAAUAGGUUUAAUUUUGUAUAUGUUGUUUAAAUUAUCUCAUAAAUAGGUAAACCGAUCAUUAUUAAAAAAAUUGGUGAAGGCAUACCCAAAUAUAAUAUAAUAAAAAUACUCAUAUCCA